UGUAUCGUUUCGGUCAAGUGCCGGUCAUCGGUUGGUGAAUUCAAGUUCCACAUGACCACUACUGGGUGGGUUGGAUCACGGGAUCCUGCGACCAUUCACUGUCUCUCUCUCUCGUGAUCGUGUCACGCGCCCCGGUGAAUUGAGCCAAGGAUUGUUUUUGUUGUUGUUUCACUACACAGUGGGGUGCCUCAACGGAAGGACUAUAUUCGCUCCCAGCACGCGGUAACUGUUGGAGUGAUGUGUAUGGCUGACUCAAAAUAAAUAAAAUAAUAAAUUUUCUAAAAUGAACCUAUAAUUAGAUUGCGAUUUUCUUGACGAAAUACGAGCAAAUUACCGAGCGUACUAGUCACUUUCGAGAAGCCACCCGAGAAGCUUCGUGCGCUCCGUGUUUCCGUGAUUCGUAAAAAAACCUAAAAACCAGUGUGAAACUUGUGACGCGAAAAAGAUGUUAUUAAACUCAUAAAAUCAGUCCAAUCAUGAUCACGUGGAGUAAGAGCAGAAAAAUUUCGCUCGGUACGUCUACAAUCAUGUGCUAGACGUGUAAGCAACGUGAAGAAGACAGAACAAAAAUACACAUUCUUUCAAAAAUUAAAGUACCUCUUGGUUGCAUCGUAAAUCUUCCUGACUCAAAUGGUACCAAGCAAAAAAAUUGUGUCGCACGAGGUUCAAAAUCGUCCAUUCACGAGUGGCUGACAGAAAGAACAAAAUUCAACUUAUAACAGAGUAGUGAUUCACGGCGUGUGACAUUUCGAGAUACCAUUGUGAAACAAUAAUAAAAUAUUAUAGUCUAAUUACUUUGUACCGUGCCGGGGCAAGUGUCCAAUAUGUCUUGCUGCGGUUCGGUGGAUCCGAUCCGCCCACCCAUAAACCCUGCCUUCCAGAGUGAUGUACUCAAGGGCCCCGAGCAGGUUCACGUGUCUAAAUUCUACAAGGAAGCUAAGGAUGGUAAAUUUAUUAGCUGCAUGGCGGAUGAUGCACGGACACUUUACCAGACCUUCCGAAAAGGUGUCAUUGAAUCGAACAAUGGUCCGUGUCUGGGUUACCGAGAAAACCUACAAUCUCCUUACCAGUGGAUAACUUUUAACGAGGCAUUAUUGCGAGCGAAAAACUUCGGUUCCGGUUUGCUUGCCCUAGGACUACGCCCCGGACCGGGUACAUUCGUAGGAAUUUAUUCUCAGAACCGGCCGGAAUGGAUCCUCUUCGAGCAGGGCUGCUAUUGCUACUCGAUGGUUGUUGUUCCUCUGUACGAUACCCUGGGACCAGAUGCAUGUGCGUUUAUCAUCAGCCAAGCAGAGAUCACCGUUGUGGUGGUUGAGGAUGACAAGAAAGCUAACUUACUGUUGGAUAAGGCACCAAAGAACCUCCGGAAAUUUGUGGCAAUGCGCAGUGUACGCCCAGCUACAAUGCAGCGCGCAAAAAAUCAGGGCAUCGAGGUAUUUACUUUUGAUGAGGUGGAAAAGCUCGGAGCGUCCAAAGAUUAUCCCGAGGUAGAACCGAAGCCCUCCGAUCUCUGCACCGUGUGCUACACGUCGGGUACAACGGGCAAUCCAAAAGGUGUGAUGCUGUCCCACAUGAAUGUUGUGUCUGGUGUGGCCGGCGUGCUACUACAAUUAGGACCUCACAGACCCCGCGUAGCAGAUAUAAUGAUUUCUUUCCUGCCACUAGCACAUAUGUUAGAAAGGUGCUGCGAAAAUGCUGUGUACUACUAUGGUGGAGCCGUCGGUUUCUACUCCGGGGACAUUAAGGAGCUCACCAACGACAUGAAAGCAUUGAAACCAACUCUGAUGCCUGCUGUCCCUCGACUACUAAACCGGGUGUACGACAAAAUAUAUAGUGAAGUGGCUCGAUCGUCAGUCAAAAAGGUACUUCUCCGGAUGGCACUAAACGCGAAGGAGGCCGAAAUCAAGCGAGGAAUUAUACGAACAAAUAGCAUUUGGGACAAAAUAGUGUUCCGAAAAAUUCAGGAAGGAUUCGGCGGACGAUUGCGGCUCAUGGUGGUCGGAUCGGCUCCCCUAUCGUCUACCGUGCUUACCUUUUGCCGCGUUGCUCUCGGGUGCUUGAUUUGUGAGGGUUACGGACAGACUGAGUGCACGGCACCGAUCACGCUCACCGUCCAGGGCGAUUUCGUUCCGGGUCACGUGGGACCACCGGUUGCGUGUAACGCAAUCAAGUUGGUUGAUGUACCCGAGAUGGAGUACUACGCUUCGCAGCAGCAGGGCGAGAUUUGCGUGAAGGGAUCUAACGUGUUUAUCGGCUACUACAAAGACCCGGUCCGCACUGCAGAAACGAUCGACGAAGACGGCUGGCACCACACCGGUGACAUCGGCCAAUGGCAGCCGAACGGGACACUCAAAGUGAUCGACCGGAAGAAGCACAUUUUCAAGCUAAGCCAGGGCGAGUACAUCGUUCCGGAAAAGAUCGAGAAUGCCUACAUCCGCAGCCAGUACGUGGAGCAGGUGUUUGUGCACGGCGAGAGCUUGAAGAGCUGCGUCGUUGCGAUCGUAGUGCCCGACGUCGAGGUGAUUAAAAGCUGGGCUACAGAUAACAACAUUCCGGGAACGCUGAGCGUGUUGUGCAAUAAUCCGGAUGUCAAGCAACUCAUCAUGAGUGACAUGAUUGCCUGGGGCAAACAUUUUGGACUUCGAUCAUUCGAACAGGUUAAAGACAUUUACCUUCAUCCGGAUCCGUUCUCGGUGCAAAAUGGUCUGCUAACCCCGACGUUCAAAAGCCGACGUCCCCAGAUAAGAAGCUACUUCGCGCCACAAUUGGACGAUAUGUACAAACAUCUGGACUGAAUACAAUCGAUAUAGUCUGCAUUGUAGUUGUAUGUGCGUGUGAACGAAAGAGUGUGUUCUUAUUUGUUUUACUGAGUGCAUGUUGAGCAUGAAAAACCCUUUCACUGCGGUGUAGCGAAUUCAAUUACUACUUACAACCUCAAUACCAACCAGAGAUAUCCUAAAUUACAUAAACAUUGAAAGUUCGGCGAGUACUUUACCUGUAGUACAUACAAUGUAAGAAUAGACUUUUUUUUAAAUUUGACGUAAUCAAACAGGAAAUAAAACUAAAAACAGAAUCUGUUAGCGCAUAAAUCGUUUUCUAUUCGCGCGGCUGGGCUCCCGAUUCCGACAAGUUAACCCGUUACCCUGCGGUCGCGGCCCGGUAGACGACAGACCAAACAAGUGACUAGCGCGAGAAAAAAGUUUUACUUUAUCUCGUUUCCUGUUGACAAGGUAUGCAUUAUCAAACUUUUAACAUCACGUUUGUAGGAUCCAAAGCGAUACCAAAAAUUACUUAGUUGUUACUUAAUAAAUUACAGCAAACCGCAAGGAUCAAACCCCUAGGACAAAGCAAACUAAUUAUACGUGAGGCAAUUGUAUUUUAGUAGGAACUGAUAAUGAAUAGUAAGAAAUUAAGCUUUGAGUCAAUUUCGAGUUCUUAUGAUGUUACAGUCCCGGAACCCCCUUUCCCGGGAUUAAUUACUUGAACGAAAUUCUUUCAAGAAAUGCAUGAUAUUAUUACUAGAGAGCGUGUGAUUGAGGUGAAAAAAUAAGUUAUUACUAAAUUGUGUCAACCAUUUUCUACUUUUCCUUACUGGGUAAAAACAUUUUGUUGAUUUUACGUACUAUCGAUGAGCACUAGUCAAGUAUUCCUGCGAAUUCUAUGUUUCCUUCCAAUAAAUUCGUUCGUGAUUUAUAUUCUUUCAUUUUGGUAUACCUGAUACUAUAAGCUAUCAUUAACAAAAUUUACUUAUGAAACGGUCAGCGGUGAAAAUUUUACCUAGAAUGAAUUUUCAAAUAUCAUUAGCAAAUUUAAUCCCAAUAUGAAAGAUCAGGACAUUUUCGAAACAUUACCUCGUACGAUCAAAUAGGCAACUUUCAAACUUUUAAAAUUGUAAACUGCAUGAACGUCCAAUACCCGCAGUACAGACAGCUUUAGUUUUGAGAGCGUGGUUGGACAACAACAUAUUGUUAAAUCUGGUAACAUUUUUCAAUAACUGAUAACCAAAAAAAAAAAAAUUAGAAUCAAACAAUUUUACAGUAAAACUCGUUAUUAUUUUACUAAUCAAACGAUGCAUCACAGCACACACUAAUUAACUACCCAAAGCAUUCAGAUACAACAAACUACGAAGCUAAGAGAGUAGAUCGUAAAAUUAAACUACCACUAGACGAUAUUAUCGAGCCGGAAUAAACGGUUAGAAUUGAGAUCGUUGAAGUAAUUACACAGAAAUCUUUUACUGGACGCCUACUUAAUCUAUAGAAUAAAUGCAAUACGUAGUUAGUUGAAACAGUCGUGAAUGAUUAAAAUCAACAGGAACACUUA